AUGCCUAAAUAUGCAAAAAAAUUUAAAGAUAUAUUAUCAAACAAGCAGAAGUUGGAAGAUCAUGAAACUGUGAUGUUGAUCAAGGAGAGCAGUGCAAUUUUACAAAAGAAGCUGCCACCUAAAUUGAAAGAUCUGAGGCGUUUCACAAUCCCUUGCACUAUAGGAAAUUCCUAUUUGGAUAAAGUUUUUUGCAACUUAGGGGCAAGUAUUAAUCUAAUGCCUCUCUCUGUUUUCAGGAAAUUAGGUCUUGGAGAAGCAAAGCCGACCACCAUCUCUCUACAGUUAGCGGACAGAUCUAUUAAAUAUCCAAGUGGACUAAUUGACAACGUACUGGUGAAAGUUGAUAAGUUCAUCUUCCCGGCAGACUUCGUUGUACUCAAUAUGGAGGAGGACGAGGAGAUCCCUCUGAUACUAGGCCGACUGUUCCUGGCGACAGGGAGUACCUUAAUUGAUGUCCAGCAAGGGAAACUUAUUUUGAGGGUCGGCGAGGAGCAAGUCACGUUUGACGUGUUUAAAUCUAUGGAAUUCCAGUCCGAGGUACAUUCUUGUUUUCAAAUAAGCGACCGAAACAUGGCCAAGGCCGACGAGACGUAUGGAGCCAAAUUUCUAAAGCUACCACUUGAGGUAUGUCUUACUCACUCUACAUCUAUUGAAUCCGAAGAUGAAAAAGUUAAGAAGUGUGAGAGAUAUUUGAAAGCUACACCUUCCCUUUCUCAUUCAAUAAAAUCGAAAGUGGAAGAGCUAAACUUAUCUCAACCGACGUCGCCCAAGCUUGAGCUAAAACCACUUCCAUCAAAUUUAAGGUACGCUUUCUUUGGACAGGACUCUACUUUUUCAAUCAUUAUUAACUGUUCUUUAAGUGAUGUAGAGGAAGAGAAGUUGCUUAGAGUUUUGCGGGAACAUAAGAUGGCAUUGGGUUGGACCAUCUCAGACAUCAAAGGAAUUAGUCUUUUAAUGGAGGAUAAUUUUAAACCAAUCAUCCAACCCCAGAGGAGAUUGAAUCCAUCAAUGUAA